CCAUUAAAUUCAACUUUGCUUGUUUUUGUUUUUGUUUUUAGUUUUCAUUGCGCGUUCAUGGUGCACACGUGUCGUUAGCGCUCGGGUUGUCAGUAUCCCGUUUAUGUCAUGUAUUCAUUUUUUGUAUAGACUAUUAAGUAGGUAGUAAAAGGUAGUAUCUUUGAGCAAAGCGUAGCACAGUUGUUAUUCUGAUUGCUCAGCAUUGACCAGAGGAACAUGCUCUUGGCACCAAACCAGAGUUGUCCAACAGUGUCACUUUCCAAUGGCCUGCGGAUUCCAAUAUUCGGAUUAGGCACCUCGCAUGAUGGCGGAUACUCCCACGAUGCCGUCGUGUACGCGCUCAAAGAGUGUGGCGUGCGCCACAUUGACACAGCAAAGCGCUACGGCUGCGAGCAGAAACUGGGCGACGCCAUCAGAGAGAGUGGGAUUCCACGGAGUGACCUGUGGGUCACCAACAAACUGUGGCCCGGGGACUAUGGAUACCAAGCUGCAAAGCAAGCCUGCCUGGACUCCUGCUCCCUGAUGGGGUUAAAAUACUUUGAUUUGUACCUGAUGCACUGGCCAGAGGCAACGCAACCUGGACGCUCCAACAGGGAGAUGAGAGCCGAGACCUGGAGAGCUCUAGAGGAACUGCAUGAAGAAGGGCUGUGCUCUGCUAUUGGAGUGAGCAACUUUUUGGUCCAUCACCUGGAAGAGUUGAAGGAAGACUGCAGUGUCGUGCCCCAUGUUAACCAGGUGGAGUACCACCCUUUCCAGCAGCCCAAGCACCUGAUGGAGUACUGCCGUCAGGAGGGGAUUGUAUUUGAAGGUUACAGUCCUCUGGCCAAAGGUCAAGUCCUCGACGACCCGGCCGUUCUUCGGAUUGCACAAAAAUACGGACGCACGCCGGCUCAGAUCUGCAUCCGCUGGAGUAUUCAGAAUGGAGUUGUCACAAUCCCUAAAUCCAUCAACAAGAAAAGGAUUCAAGAAAACUGCCAAGUGUUUGGCUUCCAGCUGGAGAAGUCGGACAUGGCCGCUUUAGGGAGCUUGGAUGAUGGAAGACAUGUGAGUUGGGAUCCGACCAAAGUAAAGUAACAAACUCAAGAUUGUCACUGACCUCCUCCCGAGACGAACACAGACGGCCUUAAGACGUCAAUAGGAUUUGAAUUAGCAAAAUUACCCCUUGAUUAGCAGCGUAUCACCCCUUGACGGAGGUUACAGCUAACGCAGUUAUUUGUAAUAUUAGGUCAUAGAUUGUACUUGUCCUGACAUUAUACCGAUUUGGGGACAUGUUCAUAUGAUUCUUAUAGAGUACCUGGGCCACAUAUGGGAGCCUACCAUACUUAAUAAAGCGAUAUAUAAUAUAGGAACUAUUGUGUUGAAGUGAAGGCUGAAACCUGACGAGACACCAGCAGUAGAUGGAUAUGAUAUAGAACUGUUUAAGAGCUUAAAUGUUUUACAUUUCAAUGGCCACAUAAGAAAUCUCUUUUGUGGUGCUCAGUCAUAGCAUACUAUGUCACGAAAAUGUUGAAAUGAGAUUUUAAAGGAGUCUACUUACAUUAAAUGUCCCAAUAUAAGAUGUCAAGUUACAUUUUGGUUGUACCAAUGUCUGGUCUGUAAAAGUACAUUAAAAGUUAUAAAAUUCAAAGUGAA